AUGAAUCUUAAACAUGGCUUUCAUGAUAAUAUUUUGACUGAAGCUAACUCUUAUGCUGCCAAUAUGAUUAGAAGUGUUUGUGAGCCUGUUUCUUCAUCUAAUUAAGAUUAGCCGUUCGCAGUUUGUAGGGCCGGAGAUUUGCACCCAUAUACCCUCAUCACUUAUGGUAGGGCCUCGGCGGACACCCUUCUUGCUGCCUCAAGCAAGGGAUUCGCACUGAUUAGUCUUGACUUUCAUGGCUUCUGGAGCCUAAGAGCCAACCACUUGGGUCGAAACUCCCAGUUUCUCGUUAGACAAAUACCAUAUCUUGAGUCAUGUGAGGGAGUCAGCCUCCACUCGGAACUGUCUAUUAUCUUGUCCUUUCCAAUGAUUUUUCUUGAGAAUAAAGCCCGAGUCUCACGAAUUAGCUUCGUAGCGCCUGAAUAAAACCUAGCCCGACAUACGCAAAGGGCUUCCAGCUCCUUUCCACCUCAUUCACCAACACUUGGCCGUUGCCUGCAGGUGUUGAGGAAAUAGGGUGGAGAGGUCGGGUGGCACAUCGUCGCCAUAUAUAUAUAUAUUCUUCAUCUGAUAAAGAUCUUUUCUUAUCAAUUGUGGAAUCUAAUGUGGCGCGCACCGCUUUUACAGAGUAUGGGUAUGAUCUUGCAAGUGCAGUAGGAUUUGAAGAAAAAACAUUUUAUGUAGAUUUACCCUGAAGAACUCAUGGAGUGACGGUCUUAGGAGGUUCAUUCUAA